UCUCUCAGUCCCACUUAACCCACAAGAUGUCUGUUGUGGGGAGAGGAAGGGAAAGGAGCUUGUAGGCCACCUUCAGUCUCCUUACAGGAGAGAAAGGCGGGGUAUAAAUCUAAACUCUUCUUUGGGUAGAUCCUGGAAAGUGCAUCUAGCGAACAGAUUGGCUUUCAUCAGCCGGUGGAGGCCGACUGGUGUUAAUCCACGAUCUGGUGAGAGAGAUCCCCUAUUCCACCGCAAAGAUGAAUUUGGGAAGUCUUUGUUUGCUUUUUCUGAUUUUGUGCAACAUCAUGAGGUCUUGUGCCAGGGCCGAAAGAAGCACUUGUGUGUGCCUCUCUCUGUCAAGCUGGACGUUCUGGUAUCUUUUGCCGCUGGCCCAGUCUGCCCAGUAGGGAAGAUGUGCCCGGUUCUCUUGAGGAGAGAAGUCUUAAGAGGCAGCAAGACACUGGGCCUGGCAGCCGGCCGUCUCCAGCACAAGUGUGUGCGUGGCUUCCCAACACCGUCGGGCAGGCUGAAUGGCCAGCGGGCAUCAGCUGCUGUUUGGGCUGCCUCAUCUUGGUGGCCAAGCCUGCCUUUGCCCCUUUCUUGUGGUCUGGUCCUUUUUAAGCAAGGCUGUUGGGAGCAGGUUGUGGCUGCAGCGGCGUGGAUGGGUUUGCUGCCCAGGGCUGGGAUGGAGCUCAGCCGCUGGCUCGAAGGGCCCCUCUUUGUGCUGCUUUGUCUGCUCUGUUUUGGGGCACUGAGAGAUGGUCACACCUGCAUUCUGUGUGGCUCUGGAGCUUUGAGCCUGCAGGCGCCCAGCUCUGCCCUCGGCCCGCCGGAUGCAGCCACACAGUAUUGUGUUCUUGGCCAGAGGAAACGCAGAAACCGCCCCUGUCCUCCCACCAGAUCAGAUAGUUCCCCUCAUUGCCAUCCUUGCGAGCCCACGCCGUUGUCCCGCACAGCAGCCCCUGUCAAGCUGAGAGUUCUCGGGUUUAGUUACCUGCUACAUCAAAAUUCUGCCCUGUUGUGCCCAUCUUCUGUGCCCGGUGGAUGCAGGCGGUGGAGGGUUUGUGUGUGCCAUUUUCAGUCCAUGAGCGGAGGAUGCCGUUUUGAACGCCCCCGUCCCCUUGGAAAGAACAAAACGGACUGUCGGGUCAGGGAAAGAGGUUGCGGCCCUGCUCAUUCCUGGCGCUUCUCUUUGCAGACGGCUUCUCCUCCCCGGCUCCAGUUUGACAUGGUGCAGUCCAGUCUACCCCAUCUGGAUUUCCUAGAAGGCAGCUGCCGCCAGUGCCCUGCGCAAUUCUUGGCUGCUGUUUCCACUAGAAAAGGCAGGGAGCGGCUUUGAACCCGGAUGCUUCAAAGCCAGGAUGGAUCUCAGUGGGAGCUCGUGGCUCCUGGUUGUGGCCUGCCCAGUAUUCCCCCACCCCCUUGGAUGCCUGCAUUUGAAGGGCCGGACGGGCCUUGCCUCUUUAACUGCGGAGACAUUUCCAAGCAAUAAAGCUCUACUUUCUGUGGCUGGAAUAAUUUCUCUGUGCGUCUUUGGGCUGGGGAAUUCAGAUGUCAGAAAUGGAUAUCGCUUAAAGCCCGUGUGUGUUGGUUUUUUUCUGUCACGUUGUCAGAAGUCAAAAUGCCCCCUCCCCCCCAGUAGAGGGGCAGUAGUUUAAGUGCUGAUAUUCUUCCUUUUUUUUAAAAAAAUACCCCUUUAUUUAAUCAAUUUUACAUAGAAUAUUACAUAGUUAAACAGCUUUAAAAGAAACAUUCAGUGAUAUGCCAAAAUAAAAAAACCAAGAAUAAACAAAAAGGAAGAGAAAAGAUAGAGGGAAAAGAAGAAUAACCAUAAUGUGAAUAUUAUAAGAAAUAAUAACUAAAGUUAAAGAGGGAGAAAGAUAGAGAAAAUUUAAUAAACCUAAACUCUAUUGACUUCCCCUUAGUCUCUUGUAACCAAGUUAUUUUAACAUAUUUAUAUGUAAACAUAUAUGUUGUGCCUUUCCCCUAUUAACUUAUAUUAACUGUUAUAAUAAUAUAGACGGAAAAUAAUGUUGCAUGUGCAAGUGCUGAUAUUCUUUCCUCCUUUUCUCUGUACACUUCUGACUAGAGGAAAGGAAAAAAGUCAGUCUGCUGAGCCACUGAAAUUAAAAAAUGCUGUUGACAUUCA